AUGUCCUAUCCACCACAUAUGCCAAUGAUGCCUCCUAUGCCCUUUUUCCCUCCAGGAGCGCCAAUGAUGAUUCCACCUAAUAUGUCAACACCACCACCAGGAAUACCAACAGCGACUAAUGGUACUCAUAAACCUGGAGAAACUGACAAGAAAAAUCGUCUUCAAACAGCUACAACAGUAUUUGUUGGUAGUAUUUCUGAUCGAGCACCUGAUACUAUGAUUAAACGAAUGCUUCAUAAUUGUGGUAGUGUUGUCAAUUGGAAACGUGUUCAAGGUGCCAAUGGUAAACUUCAAGCAUUUGGUUUUUGUGAAUAUGAAAAUCCUGAAGGUACACUUCGUUGUAUACGUUUACUUAAUGGUUGGCAAAUUCAAGAUAAAAAAUUAGUUGUUAAAGUCGAUACUAAAACAAAAGCAAUACUUGAUGAAUAUAAAAAAAAGAAACGACAUGAAUUAGCAAAAAAAGCAGCUAAUGAUACAACAGCAUUUAAAUUUAUUUAUGAAGAUGAUGAAGAUGAUGAUACGAAAAAAACGAACAGUACAGAUUCAGAUGCAAAAAAAAAAUCCGGUGAGGAAGGUGAAAUUGAAGAAGAAGAAGAUGAUUAUAUUGAUAAUGAAACACGUCGCGAAGAUUUAACCAUAAAAUUAUCACUUGAAACAAUUAUGCGAGAAUAUGCUCGAGAAAUGAAUCAACGUGCAUUAGAAGCAAAAGAAAUGGCAGCUCGAGAAGCUCAAGCAGCCGCAGCAGCAGGACUAAUACCAAAUAUGCCUCCUGUAUCUCAACUACCACCGACACCUUCAAAUACACCAACUAAUCCUACAUCAGAUACAUCAUCAUCAUCAGCACCAUCAUCAAAUACAACUAGUCCAUCAGGACGACGUAAUGAUGGCACAGUUUCAGUUGAUGAUGAAGAAGGAAAAAGAAGUUUAAUAUCAAAUGAAAUUCUUAUGUUUCGUGAUCGUUUCAAAGAUGAAGAUACAAAAAUGCGUAAUACAGAAAAAGAACGAAAAGAUCGUUAUGAACGUGAACGAGCAUUGCAACGUGAGAAACGUGCAGCUGAAGAAGCUGCAACUAGUCGAGAUAAUAAAUCAUCCGUAUCACCAUCUUCACGUAAUUCACCACCAUCAUCAUCAUCUCGUGAUCGUUCAUCACCAAGACAUGAUCGUGGUAGUACAAGUCGACGUGAUCGUUCAUCACCUAGUGAUGAUCGUUACCGUAGUUCAUCAUCAAGAAAUAAUACAAGUAAUGCUGUACGUAGUAAUCGUCCAAGUGAUCGACGUAGUCCUCCACCAUCACGAUAUGAUCGUCGUUCACCUGUUCCAUCAUCAUCAUCACGUCCAUAUAGUCGUCGUUCAAGAACAAAAUCACCAUUACCAAAAGGAGGAGGAGGAGGACAUGCUGUUGUUGAUGAAGAUGAUGAUGAAGCUUAUGAAAGAAAAAAACAAGAAAGACGAUUACGUGAAAAAGAAAUUCGUUAUAGAGAUAGAUUGAAAGCAUGGGAACAGCGUGAACGAAAAAAACAGAAUGAUUAUGAAUUAGAAAAACGUCGGGAAUUAAGUCGAUUACAUGAUGAAGAAAAAGAAGGCAAACGUUUAUUAGCAUUUCUUGAAGAUUAUAAUGAUGAAAAUGAUGAUCCAAAAUAUUACAAAGGUACAUCAUUAGCUCGUCGUUUAAAAGAUCGUGAACAUGAAAUUGAAAUAGAUAAUCGUGAUCGACGUCAUGAAAAAGAUGAAAUUGAAGAAUUACGUCAAAAAUUAUUACUUCAAGAUAAUAUUGAUGAUAUUGAAUUAGAAAUAAAACGACGUUUAGAAAAAGAAGAAGAAUUAAUACGUAAGCGUUUAGCUGAUCUCACACGAGCAAGUGAUGAAUCUGCUGAUGAAUCAGAUAACGAUGAACAACAAGCUGUCAGUCGAAAAGAUACUGCUGUUCUACCUUCCGAAUCAGCUAAUAAUACUAGUACGGAAAGUAUGGAUCAUUCACUACGACAACCAGCAUCUCCACAAAUUGAAGUUAAAGUUAGUCCACGUCAAACAUCUGCACUUGGUGGUGCACCAAUUACAGGUACAAAACUUCCUUUAAAACGAAAAUUAGCCGUAAAUGAAGCUUUUCGUGAUGAUCAAGAAGAUGAUAAUACAAAUGCUCUUCAAAAAAAAUCAAAAUUAACUGCAAUACCUGAUCAACCAGCUAUUCCAAUUUCUCAAACUUCUCCACAUAUUAAAGAAGAACAAACUAAUCGACCAUCAUCAGGAAAAACUACAGCUGUUACACCUACAACAAAUGUUAAUUCUGCUCAAGCACAAGAAGAAAAACGUCAAGCUGUACGAAAAUUAAUUGAAAAUAUUCCAACAAAAAAAGAAGAUUUAUUCACUUUUCCACUCGAUUGGUCACUUCUUGAUUUCAAUCUAAUGGAAAAACGUAUUAAACCAUGGGUAACAAAAAAAAUUGUUGAAUAUAUUGGUGAAGAAGAAGCAACAUUAACAGAUUUUAUUUGUACAUCAAUAAUGUCAAAAAAAAGUGCAGAAACAAUCUUAUCUGAUAUACGUGUUGUACUUGAUGAUGAAGCUGAAGUAUUUGUUGUUAAAAUGUGGCGAUUAAUUGUCUAUGAAAUUGAAGCUAAACGCUUUGGUCUAAGCAAAUGA